AUGGCGCGACAAAAGUCUCCACCAAAGAAGAGGCCAGGAAAGCCAGGAUCCAAAGUCAACAAAGAGAUUAUGGAACUCCAGAAAACAACCAACCUGCUCAUGAGAAAGAUGCCCUUCCAACGAGUGGUCCGAGAGGUUGUCAACGAUCUUCGGCCUGGAAACGACUAUCGAUGGCAGUCGCAGGCACUCCUCUGCCUCCAAGAAGCGACAGAGGCCUUCAUUAUCACAACUUAUGAAGUCGCCAACCUGUUCGCCCUUCACUCCAAGCGCGUCACCAUCAUGAAGAAAGACUUGGACCUUGUCAAAGCUGUCGCGCAAGUCAACCUCAAUGGAAUCAAAGAUUUCUUUUGCUUUUAUAAUGCAGUCUUUAUGAGCAAGUGGAUCGUUGGCUUCCUUCUCCUGUCUGUAGCCCACUCACUGCGGCCCUGCUCCGAAAUUGAGAACAACGAAAACUUUCGUCAAACGACAUGUCACUUGGAGACGUUUCUUUUCAAAGAAGGAUCGGUUCUUGUAAAUGGUACAUCACUAGAACCAAAUACAACUUUCCAACUAUCCGAAUUUCCAGACCGACAUGAUCGAUCAUUUCCCGAUGUGAAAUGGCUCACAGUUGGGGACACACUCGCCGUCAACAAUGUGGACAUCUGCAAAAUAGAUUUUGCGGAGGGCUCGUGCGACAUCCGCUCCGUUCUUAUGCUAUAUCAUGGAUUUUCUCAGCAGCAAGAUGACGGCUUUCUCCAGCAAACCGUCCUUAAUCACCCCUUCGUCAUUGGUAUUGAUCCUCCAGCCUACUUGUCCGACAGUUCUUUCGAGACCUCGUAUUCCUUGUGCGAGCCGGACUUUCUCAAUGUUUCCAGAGCACUCUACUCUGACAGCUUCAAUACCAUCAACCGCUCCGCCCUCCACAAAAACAUUCCCUACGAUUGUCUCGCUGAUGACAUUCCAGAAGAAAAUUGCACAGCUAUUUUCGACACAGUCAAAGAAAAAUAUUGUAAAUGUGGUCCGGAACAACUUAGUGCUCCUAAUACAGCAUUGGUGAUAACUAAGAAAGGAAAACUUAACUUCCUUGCUUUAUUUUCCUCACUCACGACAGCUGAUGUUCGUUAUGAGGAAGACGGACUGCCAAUUUUCAAGACUCCCGAAAACUACUUUCUGACCGAUAGCGGCACCCUUCCGAAAGUCCCCAACUAUUGGGAAUGUAGCGAGCCAUAUUCGAAGCUUCAAAUCUUUCAAAAAAUAUCCUCCGAGGAUUUUUUCAGUAGAGCAUACGAAACGAUAGAUCUAAUUGGAAGCAAAUACUCUUUGGAUAAGAAAUACAGAACUAUUACAAGACCAUCGACGCUGGUUAUGAAAAUCGAGACAAAAAUUGACGACAAAAAGUACACAGCUUCAAAAUUGAUCCAAAUUGCUGACAGCGUUCACUUUCGUCCUAGCGAUUUUUUUCCAGAAAUAUCGUUCCAAUUCGUGGACGAGGAUGAAAAUAAUUAUUACUUCGACGUCGGUGUAACAAUUGACAUCCCGAGCAACUUUUAUGACUUCCAUGAGUCCCAGAAUAAGAUUGUUCAAAUCUUCAUUUAUGCCUUCCAGCAUUUGGAACUUCGUAUUCUUGAAGUUUUUGUUCAUGAAAUCGGUUACUUGCCAGGGGAACCUACGAAAACAAAGAAGAUACCCAUACCGAAGACCAUCACUUUGAGCGGGAAAAGACGAACUAUUGAUAUGCUUGAUGGUUACGUUUCGUUAUCAGAAGAACCACUUCUCGAUGACGAUGGUAUUCUUCUACAAGAUGCAACCGAAGGAGUCAAAUUUGCAGAAAAGUCAGAGCACUGUCAUGUGAAACACGAGUUCUGCGACGCUGUUACUUACACACCAUCAAUGCCAAGUUUAGAGACUAUAUUCUCAACAGCUAGCUCUUCGAAACGCUUUGCAGAUAUUAUAAGUUUCAACUUGACGACAACGAGGACUCUCCGAAUAGAGAUGCAUCAAUUAACGUCGAUGCUCUACAAUAGGGACGAAGAAGAUUACAGGAUCGUGUUAUAUUUCUCCGCUUACGGCCAUCCUCUUUCUCCAGAAAAAACAUCAAAUAUCCCCUGUUUCGAGAAAACAAUGAGCGCUGUUAAACAUGAGUCUUAUUUUCGACGCAUUCGAGGAGAAAAAUUUGGCCGUGAAAUAUAUGAAGGGGAAAACGCUCCUGAUAGACACCUUACGGGAAUUUACUGGGAAAUCACUACAAGUGAAAUAUUCGAUGUACAUACGGCGAUUGAUGAUUCCAAUGGGACUCAUUUAGACAUGUGGCUUUGGAUGGCGGUAGAAUACAACACUAGCGACUCAAAGACGAAAGAGUCCGAAUGCAUAAUGAUCGACAAGGAUACGAGUUCUGCCGGUUACGACAUCAGCACUUUCGUAAACGAGCAAAUCGCCGUCAACCGAAAUAAAUUUAUCGUUCGCAUAAUCAAUGUUGGAUUGAUCCUUCUAGUAAUUGCAGUUGCUUUCUUGGCAGCGAAUCUCUUGCAGCGAAAAUGGCAAAAGCUGUGGAGAGAUAGUAAGCCAACGCCAGCACAACUUACGCUCUACCCUGUCCGCGAACCAUCGGAUGAUCUUUCUGAACCUAAAUGGCCAACAGGGGAUAGACCAACAGCCGAAACAACCGAACUGGGCGAACCGCUGAACUCGAUAUCUGACUCGCUCAAAGACGAGAAUGACAAUUUGCUGAACCGAUAUUUCCCAGCAGAGACGCCAGCAGAAAACACUUUCGACCAGCUACCCCUGAUCGAAUCCGACAACCCGGGAUACAAGUUCAACCCACUACAAAUGAUCACCCCCAAUCAUCAAAAAUCACAAGUACUUCAAUCAGCUCCAACUCUUCAACCUCAAACUUCAAUGCAACCUCCAAUGCCGCUUCCAUUCAACAGUGGCAUGUCUGGUGGAUACAAAUCAAUGGAAGCGAUAGAGGCGAUUCCAUUUUCCAUUGCAAACGAAGACGAAUAA